GAUUGCACUCCCCUGUACUGGGUAGGGCCUUACCUCUGCUGGGAGUUUAGGUUACAUUUUACUAAGUUAUCUCGUCCCUUUUCAGUCUAUUAGGUGCAUAUCACUUCUGUUAAUCAUGGCAGACGACGAAUUGGAGGCAAUUAGGCGGCAAAGAAUGGCGGAACUACAGGCAAAGCACGGGGAUGCUUCAAAUAAUCAGCAGCAAGGAGAGGAGGCCAAACAAAGAGAACAUGACAUGAGGAACUCUAUAUUGGCUCAAGUUCUCGACCAGUCUGCCCGGGCCAGAUUGAGCAAUCUUGCGUUGGUGAAGCCGGAGAAGGCCAAAGCAGUUGAAAACUAUCUCAUUCAAAUGGCUCGUUAUGGAUCUUUGGGAGGAAAGAUUUCCGAGUCGGGCUUGAUCGAGAUUCUAGAGAAAGUCAGGGGGCAAACAGAGAAGAUGACAACGGUCAAAUUCGACAGGCGUAGGGUGAUGGACUCGGAUGAUGAUGAAGAUGAUUACUAACUUUCAAUGGGAACCGUGGAACAAGCCAAGAAAUCUGGAGAGGAUAUGCUUCACUGAGACUCUGAUACCAUCUUUGACCUGUUAGCUGAAUCAUGGGAUGCCACAUGAAGCUCUGUGUGUUUCUGGAAACUGCAUCUCUAGGAAGGAAGAACAAAGUGGAGUUGACAUUGUGGCAUAAGAUGUUGGGGGGGUUAGAAUACUCGGUGUCAAAUAUGGUGCUCUUUUGGGAUCUCUUUUUGAUCAAGUUGCUACAAAUUUGCUCUGCUUGCGUCAUACCCCUGAUAGCUCAUGGCACCGUUUGACUCCUCUCUGUUGUAACUCUUUUUUUCUUUCAUUUUUACCAUGUUGGAUUUCUGUUCUUCAAUCACAAGAAGCUAAAUAAAAUACAAAACACACUCAUUUUAUCUAGAUUAUUUGAAUUCUAAACAUUGUUCUGUAUUUAGGGCCAGCAUCCCAUUAACUUUGGUUGUUGCACUUUGAUAUUUUCUUUUUGCUGACAUGUUUAUUAAAGGUUUACAUAAAAAAAUAUAAAAAUGUUUGUUUUUCUAGUAAACCACUUCUAAAAUGUACAGUUAUGAAAAAGAGUUCAACGCUAUAAAAAGGUUUCUACUUUGUUUUUUCA